ACUUUUAUCGCCUUAACAACACUGGUAGGGUUAGGCAUGCUGUGUUCCUGCUUUCUUGAAGUAGUUUCCUUGUGGGAUUUGUUUUUUAAUUUUAUAGAUUCCCUGAGUCUUUCUCACUGUAGUUUUCAUGUGUCUGUCUUUCAGCCUCAUGGACUCUUGUAGUUCUAACAUCACCUGCUGUUUUUGCCUUUACUGGCAAUAUGUGCCCAGAGCGCCAUCUGGAGGCAGCACAGAUACUAGAGUUUGUGUGUGAUCGUACUUCAUCAUGGAGCAAAUCUACACUCAGAGUCAUGAAGAGUUUGAAGUGUUCACUACUGUGAUGUCCCCUCAAGUUUGUCAGAGGAGAAUGAUAUUGAAGCACCCAGGGGAAAUGGUGGUCGUGGCAGCAGGCUACAGUGCAGAGUGUGAUGAUGAGGUGUGUGUCUGUGCCGGUGAAGUCGUGCUACUGCUGUAUCAGGAAAAUCCUGACUGGUGUUAUGUCCGACAACAGAACGGAAAAGAGGGAUACCUCCCCACUGCCUGCUUCACACAGGAGUCAUUGAAGCCUAUAGUGACUCAUCUGCAACAGAGCUCCAUGCAGAAAUCAUCUGAUGAUCGGUCUGGCUGUGCAGGAGGGCGCUCUCUGAAACUGCCACGGCGAGCAUCUCUGGCAGGAGUGCCGGGUUCACCUCGACUGCUUCAGCGACUGCUCUCUCGUCCCCGUCGACGCAGUGAUGGACAGGCCGUACGUUUAAUCGGCUCCAUCAAUCCUGCAUUCCAUCCAGACUGAUUCUGCCCCCCCAAUCUCCGGCCAUCUACCAGGCCCAAACCCCAUCUCUAGAACUGUAAGCCACAUGAAACUAGGACAGUGUGAUGGCAGAGUUCAGUCUGUACACAGCUCCAUCUAAAGAUGCCAAGGGCAAACAGCAGCACAGAGUGUCCUGCUCAAGGAUUAGGGCCUCAGUCACUCGCCAGUUCAACUGCAAAUGGUGCACAGAUUCUGAUAUGUAAAUACUGUAAAUAAUUUUCAUUAAAAGGUUUGACAUUU